AAAGUAAUCAAUAAAUAAAUAUCAGAAAAAAAAAUAUAUAGCUUGUUUGUAAUGAAGUAAAUAAAUAUGUAAAUAUUAUUAUUAAUAUUUGUUUAUUAAUAAUACAUGCAUAUUUAUAGGUAAUAUAACAAAUAUAAUUUUAUUGAUGCAGCCGAACAGAAAUUUGUUGGUGCGUAAAUUGGAUCCGCCACAGAGUUGGAACCCGAGGGUUGAAAACUACUUACGUGUCACCGGAUUCUACCACGUAUCUAGGAUUGGGAUGAUAAGAGGAUCUCACCCGUUGUUAGCUGCUCUGGUUGAAAGGUGGAGGCCGGAGACUCACACUUUUGUGUUGCCGGUGGGUGAGGUUAUGGUGACAUUGGAGGAUGUCGCACAUAUAUUUGGCUUACCAAUUGAUGGAGAGCCCGUGAGUGGAUGGACUGACAGUAGUAGUGAUUUCGUUCAGAGUCACAGCAUGGAAAUAUUCGGUCGUCAACCGGUUCUCAGUCGUAAUUCAAAAUCCUAUAUAAAGCUCGGUUGGGUUCGAAGUGUCAGAGAUGCGGAGCUGUUGGACACUGAAGAGUCCAUAAGGAGAUACGUGAGAUGUCAGAUUUUCUGUCUGUUAGGGUCGACUCUAUUCACAGAUAAGUCGACCGCAUAUGCCCAUGCGAAGUAUCUACCAUUGCUUCGCGAUUUCGAGCGGAUCCAUACUUAUAGUUGGGGUUCAGCAUGUCUGGCUCAUCUUUACCGAGCACUAUGCCGUGCAUCACGAUAUGAUACGAAGGAGAUGGAUGGUCCUCUUAACCUGUUGUUUGUUUGGGCAUGGGAGCGAAUGCCGUGUAUUUCACCCGCACCGAGGCAUAUCCUUCCACCUGCUGAGAUACCAGUUGCCAUGAGGUGGAGUCAUGCGGAUCGGAGUACAGCGUGGUUGGAGAAGACUGUUGUGACAUUUAGGGUUGAUAUAGACUACAUGCAGGAGUUUGAGUGGCGGCCGUACCAGGGAAUGAACAUUCCCGUCGAGUUACACAGACAUCUUGAUGUGUGUGAUAUCGUUGCUCCGUUGUUGUCGUUUGAGUGUAUCGAGUGGCACCCUGCGGAUCGAGUGAUGCGUCAGUUUGGGUUCUUACAGCCCCCACCGCGAGCACCUAGGGACAUUCCACUAGAGCAGCAUUGCAUGGCUCUUCGCGGAGUGCAGCUUUAUGACUGGACAGUUUUGCUUGGGGAUUGGAUAGUGGAGUGGGGCAACAGGCGAAACACUCGUAUGCGGGAUCUACACCCCCUUCCGACAUGGGACUUCAUACCGACCCCGGAGUAUCGGGAUUGGUACGUGCGCUCAUUCGGACAUCUGCUGAGAUUGUCGGCAUAUGUUCCUCAUGCACCUGCACCUCAGCCACCGGAGCCACCUGCACCUGAGCCACCUCAGCCACCUCAGCCACCUCAGCAUGCAGUGUUUGAGCCGGUUCCUUAUUAUGUACCACAGCCACCUCAGCCACAGGACCAUAGUGCAUCCAGCCACCAUUCGCAGCACUCUCAGCCGGUACUGACGAUUCCAGCCGGUACUGAUGAUUGGUUCGACUUUUCCAUCGGCGGUCACGGAGAUCAACAACUACAGAAUUGGGCCAAUGAUAGUUUGGGUGGUUGGUCAGAUUUUAGUGCUCUGCAUUUACCGUCGGGUACAGCUGAUCCACGUGGGGCAUCAGUUGGUAUGAGCCAUGGUUUGGAGCAUCCUGCUUCCGACCACACGUCGGAAGGUGCAUCGUGUGAUAGUGGAUUCCUUCGGCGAACAUACACACUUGUUGACGAGUACAACCCCGGUGCAUCUGCUCCAGCAGAGGCAGGUGGAUCGGCACAUCCAGGAGAGGCGGGUGGGUCAGCAGAUCCAGCAGGGGCGGGUGGGUCGGCACCUCGGGUAGAGACAGAGACCAUUCUGAAGUUCCAUAAACGUCAUGGUGCAUGGAACCACAAACGAAAACGGAUUCUGGCUCACAAACCUCACUCCCUCAUGAGUAUUACGUAUUAUCUCACCGUCGCGAUACACUACCAAGUUUGUAGUACCCUCCAUUACACCAAAAACACACUCAAAGAACACUCACACACUUCCUCAGAAUGA